AUGGGGCUGGGGUCCUGGCUGCGAUCGCUGGGCGAUUGCUUCGGAUGCUGCCGAGGGGAGGCGGCGCCGCCCGAGAAGGAGCCUUUGAUCAGUAACAACAACCCCUACGCCUCCUUUGGAGCCACGCUGGCGCGGGACGAGGAACAGAACCUGUGGAGCACCCCACAUGACAUGACCCACACGGAGGCGGACGAUGAUCGGGUGCUGUACAACAUGAUCGUGGUCAGGAACCAGCUGGACAAGGACUCGGAGGAAUGGCAGAAGCUCAACUAUGAUAUUUAUACCUUACGGCAGACCCGAAAAGAAGUGAGAAGCAGGUGGAAACACAUUUUGGAAGAUUUAGGUUUCCAGAAGGAAGCAGACUCUCUCUUGUCAGUGACCAAACUCAGCAUCAUUAGUGACUCUCAGAACAUGAGCAAAGCCCGGGACAUCCUGUUAAGGUUGUCUGAGGAGACAAACAUCUUCCCAACCAGCUGGGAGCUUUCUGAGCGCUACCUCUUUGUGCUGGACCGGCUCAUAGCUCUGGAUGCUGCAGAUGAGUUCUUCAAGAUGGCCAGCACAGUGUAUCCGAAGAGACCCAGCGGGGAAAGAGCGGACGAUAGCCAGAAGGCCCCACAGCAUAUCUCUGUUGUGGUGCCCUGA